CCACAACUGUGGAGUGUAAGACUGUAAGAGUGUUGUAUUUCAUUUCAAUCUCAAUAUAGUUUUAUAAUUUAAUAUAAUAUUAUAUUUUGCUACGUAAUACGUAUUUCGGUAUUAAAAUAUAGCCAGGGUCUUUGAUUUUAUAUAACUGUAUUGGAUCUGUACACGCUUAUAAUGUUUUCAUAAUGUGACAAUUUCAAUGGCCUGUGUGACUUUCUUCGUGGUGAAACAUGACAACGAUGCUGGAACAACUAUCUGAUGAAGAUUCAAUCAAUGGAGACUCUGCAGAUUCGCCAACUACGUCGCGUCGUUCUGGCAAGCCUAAGAUGUUUAACAUGAAUUUUAGAAGACAAACAUCAGACGAAUAUGGCAAAAAGUCGGACGGAAACGAAAGGAGUGACGGCGAUACAGUAAAGAGACGUUUAUUGUCUGCCUGGAACAAUGUAAAAUUUGGUAAGAAUGUCAAUGAUCGAAUAUAGACUACGCUUUUUUUCCUAGAGAUAUUUCUAGAAUUUGCAUGUUUAUUUAUUAAUUCUCUUUCAAAUUAUUUAAAUUCGUUUAGUUUAAUAUUAUAAUGUGAAAGUUGUGAUGUUUGCUUGAAUAUUUUGUUGCCUCGUAUUUAUGUUUAUCGUGUGCCUGCAUGAAUUAUUCGUGGCAGGCAAGGCAAAAGAAUCUCAAAAUGGAAGAUUGAUUGCAAAUCUCGCUUCCAUAUACCUGUAUACUUGAUUUAUAAAGUUAAGAAUUUGAACCCUGAAUUUGAAAUUCGUACCAAAAAACUUUAUUCAUGUCCCAAAAUACUUGCUUUAAAAUUGACUCAUCGUUCUUGGCUGUUUGUCAUGUGUGACGUUCCAAAUUCUUUGCUUCCAUACCCAACAUAAAAUAGGCAAUAUUGCAAUAACUGCGAACAUAUUCAAAUUAGUUUACUAACCACAUUUUCUGUUUUUUGACGUCUAACAUUUUAACAGUGUAACUUUUUGGGGUGACACCCACAACCCACGUCAUUCUUCGACUUUCAACCCAACUCCAGAGGCUGAUCUAGGAUUUUUCGUACCUCAGUCAAAAAUUUUUGGCGGACGGGGCGUUGACGAAAAAAUACGAAAAACGUAUUUAAAUUAAAUUUAAAUUGAUAAAUUCAAACGAACAUUUGAUUCUUAUCCAUUGUAAGAAAAACUACAAUUUAUGCACAAAGAUAUAUUGAUCCUAUUUCAAUACAAAAUUUUAUGGAUGUUACUAUGAUAUAAUAUAUUAAAACUCAGCAGCAAUUUAACAUGUUUGCUUGUGGAUUAAUAUGAUUGUAAAACUUGUAAAAUCAUAUGGCAGCAAAUGCAUUAAGGAAAUAUACUGUUCUGUUACCAGAAACACAGAACUAAUAAUUGCCAGUAGCCUCAGAUCCAAAAAAACAACCAGAUAUUCAUUAACUAAGUCAAACACUAUUACAUUAACAAGAUAUAAAGAUGUUAUUACAAAUAUUAAUUAAUAAACUAGUAACAUCAGAAUGGCUACCAGUCAAUGAGCUUUUCAAGCUAGCUUAUUAAAUAUUUCACAUCAUCAAGGUGUUAGCCAGGCGGCCGUCCGACCGUCCUACGGACGGCCACUUCUGAAUUCGGACGGCUAAAUUUUAAUAGCUGAAUUGAAGUAUUGACAAACACGCCAUGUAUUUGUAACCAUGUUGAUGAAUCUCGCAUGAAGUAUCAAGGAGAAUAAUUUGAAACUGCUGUUUUAAAAAACAGCAAUCGCUUUAUCGCUCAAGCACCACAUGCUUUAGAGUUAUAGUUACGGUAAAGAUGGCUAUAAAAUGAGUCAAACACAUAAAAAAAGGGGGAAAUGUCGGCGAUUGAUAAAACAUAACUAAACACUACACGGCUGUACUGUGUUCUUCAUUAUAGCAUAUACUGUACAUCAUAUUUUGCAUCUAAAAUGUGACCACGCCCACAAAAUUAUUUUGGACGGCCACUUUUGAAGUCCUGGCUAACACCCUGCACAUCAUCAUGUUACAUUAGACCAAUGCGGUCGUCUAACAAGCCAUUUCAAUAGGCUAUGGACAAACAAUAUUCUAUAAGGCUGACAUGUUGUGUGAUUGAUGCAUAAAUAUAAAGAAAUCUUAAAUAAAACUUCACUAUAAACAUGAGAAUCAACAAAUGCUUACAAUGUGGACAUUGAAUAUAACAUAUUUUAGCUUCUUGAUGCAAGAAUUAUGCUUACCUAAUACAGCAUAGCGAAUAUUAAAAUAUCAUAUGUCAAACAAUCAUUUGGUACUCCGGUUUAAUAUAAACUAAAGAUACAUCACUAUAAAACCAUAAAUUUCUCUACCUUAUUGCAGUGGAAGCUUUGUCUUUCUUAUCUCGAACAUACUUCGGAAUGUAGCUCUCUGCGCCAAAAUUUCUAGCGAGGCUUGCGUUGUUGUGUUGUUGAUGGCUCACUUCGCCGCUCAGUAGCUCGUCAACAGAAUUCGUCCGUGAAGCAUCGAUAUUCUUCUCAAGCUUCAUAUACAAACAUUGUCGCGAUUCCAAAUCGUUUGCCGCAAUCACAAACUGAACAUUGUCGAAAAUGUUUCCAGAUAUCGCUGGUCAAGAUCGCUCGUAAAAAUAGUAAAAUUUCUCACAUGCCAGACGUUCGAAAUAGUAAACACUCAGAGGUAAACACCGAAUGUCAUGUUGACGAAUACCCUACGCUGCAGAUCCGUUGAAAAUAUAAGCCAAUGACAGUGCAGAAUUUUUUUAAAGGCUCAUACACAGCCCCUGAAUCUGCAAAUCCAUCAGGCCUCCCCACAGAUCCGUCGCAAAUGGCCGUAACCAUGGAAAUGAGCGUGUCAGCCAAUCAGAUAGCCGUAUUCGACCCCCGAAUCUGUCAACAUUCAUACAUAAGGCCGCUGUUUGUGACUGACUAACAUUACUUUGCUGAAGCUCUGCCGCAGCAUGAAACGUAUAACUGAACUACGAUUCAAAAUUUUAAUAACUCGAUCAACUGGCCGUUAUAGACAGCUGGAGUCGAAUUUUUUAAUUAAGGGGCCACGUCCAUAUUCAUGUUGCCACGCAUAACGUCGAAUCGACGUUAUGGGUGGGUGGGUGGGUUUUACGUCAACUCCUCUACGUUAUCUCACUUAUCUCGUGGCAAUUUGACUAUUUACAUCUGAACAGACUGAAGUUUAAGUUUGCCGUGCAACUUUUGCCAGUAUUGUAUUUUGAACUAAUAGAGUUCAAAACAAAGGUCGAAGUAUUGAAGCAACAUUUUUUUGUGUCAAAUACCUGUCAAUUUGUGUUCGUGAAUCGCGACAUUUUUCUGCGAUAAAACUUCGCAUUUUUUAUAAGGCAAGUACAAUAGUCAAUAACUUUGAAUUGAAGCCUCAGCAUUUUAAUGCAUUUCUGAGAUAAAUUGAUUGAUUAUAUACCAUAUUUUAUAAGAAUAAGCAGUCAAAAUACGCCAGGGUAUAAACGAUCGACGUUAUCUGAGGUGGGUGGGUACUGGUGAUAACGUCGAUUCGACGUUAUGCGUGGCAACAUGAAUAUGGACGUGGCCCCUAAGUGAGCAAUUUUUACUUCAGUCGCUGAUUUGACAAUCCCUAGAUCCGCCCCUGCCCAACUUGUUCCAUCAAAGUGGUAUAUGCAUGUGAUGUGCAAUUCACAACAAAAAUUUCAUACUAAUACAAUUUGGAAAAAAGGUGAAGAAAAAUCAGGUGGAAUCUAGAAAAUUGAAAAUCCAAAUAAUCUUGGGAUACCUUAGGGUCAAUCCCUUGAUGUAUGUUAUCUAACGUUAUCUAGUUUUAUGUUAUAUACCUUAAAAUAUAGCAUGGCAUUAAGUUUGACAACUUGUUAGUGUUACACAGUGCGUUAGUGUGUUCAAGUGUCGAUUUACUUGAUUAUUUGCAGAAAAUUUUGCAAUGUUUUCUUGAGGUCCCAGAAAGUGCAAUAUUCUUCCACCCCUGAUUACUAAAGCCAAUAUACCAUUUCUGAUUUUCUGCAGGUUUAACGUCACCAAGUACGACAACAUUUGCUGAAGAAUAUCCAGCCUGGAUACUUGGCAAGUGCUACACAUUUAGUCCGGAUAUUGAAGGUAACA